CUUUUAUACCCGCUGGUCGCCCAUCAGCGACAUGUCGGCUGUGGAAGGUCGUUUGACUGUGCAGACCGGCUCGGACUCGGUUCUUGGGCAGGACGUUUGAGACUAGGUGACCCUGCUGCCGACGACACUCAAGUCCACAGAAAGCCCGCCAUAAAACCGCUCUUUCUGGAAAACCGAGAGGCAAGUAUCCAGAGGGAGUUUUAGGGUGGACAGUCCGUGGUCAUGUCAUCACUCCUGCGCUGCUUCUCCGCUUCGUCUUUCACCUUGUUCCAGCGGGGUGUCCGACAGAAGACGCCUGCAAAGAGACACUUCAGAACUUUCCCUGCGUUAUGGGAUCAGUUGACAUCUAAAGGUGUUCUCUACAAGGACGUGGUGGUUGGCGUUCCCAAGGAGACUGUACAGAAUGAGCGCCGUGUGGCCUUGUCUCCGGCGGGGGUGCAGGCAUUGGUCAAACAGGGCUUCCAGGUGCAGGUGGAAACUGGAGCUGGAGAAGAAUCCAAAUUCUCUGACCAGCAGUACAAAGAUGCUGGAGCCAGUAUCACAGACAUGAAUGGAGCCUUUGGCUCCGACUUGGUCCUUAAGGUGCGAGCCCCCAGUUUAGGAGAGGUUGACCUGCUGAAGCCCAAGUCUACCCUUGUGAGCUUCAUCUAUCCAGCACAGAAUGCAGAGCUGAUGCAGAAGCUGUCUCAGAGACAGAGCACUGUACUGGCCAUGGACCAGGUGCCCAGAGUUACCAUCGCACAGGGCUACGAUGCACUCAGCUCCAUGGCCAACAUUGCUGGGUACAAGGCUGUAGUUCUGGCGGCAAACCACUUUGGCAGGUUUUUUACCGGUCAAAUCACAGCUGCAGGAAAAGUCCCCCCAGCAAAGGUCCUGGUUAUUGGGGGAGGUGUGGCUGGUUUAGCUGCAGCAGGAGCAGCCAAGUCGAUGGGAGCCAUUGUUAGAGGAUUUGAUACCAGACCAGCAGCAUUGGAGCAGUUCAAGUCAUUUGGGGCUGAGCCUUUAGAGGUGGACAUUAAAGAAUCUGGUGAAGGUGUUGGUGGUUAUGCCAAAGAGAUGUCUAAGGAGUUCAUUGAGGCUGAGAUGGCACUGUUUGCCAAACAGUGUAAAGAGGUCGAUAUUGUCAUUAGCACGGCCCUCAUUCCAGGUAAACGGGCUCCUAUUCUAAUCAAGAAGGAGUUUGUAGAGUCUAUGAAAGAUGGUUCGGUGGUGGUGGAUUUGGCGGCAGAGGCUGGGGGAAAUAUCGAGACUACAAAUCCUGGAGAGCUGCAUGCUUACAAGGGAGUAACACACAUUGGCUACACAGACCUGCCCAGCCGCAUGGCCACCCAGGCCAGCACUUUGUAUUCAAAUAACAUUCUGAAACUGCUUAAGGCCAUCAGUCCAGACAAGGAAUACUUCCACUACGAGCCAAAGGAAGAAUUUGACUACGGAACAAUUGACCAUGUCAUCCGUGGGACUGUUGUUAUGAAGGACGGCAAAAACAUGUUCCCGUCCCCGCUCCCGAAAACUGUCCCCCCACCUCCAGUGAAACAGAAAACCGUUGCCGAGCUGGAUAAGGAGAAAUCGGCAGCCAUUUCUCCUUUCAACCGUACAAUGACAUCUGCUGGUGUCUACACUGCAGGUCUUUCCACCUGUCUGGCUCUGGGGGUCAUCUCUCCCAAUGCAGCCUUCACUCAGAUGGUGACGACCUUUGGCCUGGCUGGGAUUGUGGGGUACCACACCGUGUGGGGUGUGACGCCUGCUUUGCACUCGCCCCUCAUGUCUGUCACCAAUGCCAUCUCAGGGCUGACAGCAGUAGGAGGUCUGGUUCUGAUGGGUGGAGGUCUCACACCUUCAACCUUGCCAGAGAGUCUCGCUCUAGCUGCUGCUUUUGUUUCUUCCAUCAACAUUGCUGGUGGUUUCCUUAUCACCCAGAGGAUGCUGGACAUGUUCAAACGUCCCACUGACCCUCCUGAAUACAACUACCUGUAUUUGCUACCUGGGGCUGCAUUUGUAGGUGGAUAUGGAGCCUCUGUGUCUGCUGGAUACAGCAUUGAGCAGAUGAUGUAUUUGGGCUCAGGCCUGUGCUGUGUUGGAGCGUUAGCAGGCCUUUCCACCCAGAACACCAGUCGCUUGGGGAAUGCCUUGGGCAUGAUGGGUGUAGCAGGAGGCAUUGCUGCCACCCUUGGUGCCCUCAAACCAUCACCAGAGCUGCUGUCCCAGAUGUCUCUGGCCAUGGCCACCGGAGGAACCCUGGGUCUGACCAUUGCUAAGCGGAUUGAGAUCUCAGACUUGCCUCAGCUUGUGGCAGCUUUCCACAGCCUUGUGGGGCUGGCCGCAGUCCUCACUUGCAUUGCAGAGUUCAUGAUUGAAUAUCCUCACUUGGACACUCAUCCAUCAGCUGGUGUGCUUAAAACUGUGGCUUAUCUUGGCACCUACAUCGGAGGCGUCACCUUCAGUGGCUCACUGGUGGCCUACGGAAAGCUCCAAGGCAUCCUGAACUCUGCUCCUUUAAUGCUGCCGGGACGCCACAUGUUGAAUGCUGGUCUGAUGGCAGCGUCUGUGGGAGGCAUGAUUCCCUUCAUGCUGAGCUCCAGCUAUGGUACUGGCAUGGGGUGCCUGCUGGGAGUGUCGGGGCUUUCCACCGUUAUGGGCGUAACCCUAACAGCAGCCAUCGGGGGUGCUGACAUGCCCGUGGUCAUCACUGUGUUGAACAGUUACUCUGGAUGGGCCCUGUGUGCGGAAGGCUUUUUACUAGACAACAACCUCAUGACCAUUGUUGGGGCUCUGAUUGGCUCCUCGGGUGCCAUCCUCUCCUAUAUCAUGUGUGUGGCGAUGAACCGCUCCCUGCCUAAUGUGAUCCUGGGCGGGUAUGGCACCACCUCCACAGCGGGCGGUAAGCCCAUGGAGAUUGUUGGCACGCACACUGAGGUCCACGUGGACCAGACUAUUGAAAUGAUCAAAGAAGCCAACAACAUCAUUAUCACACCAGGUUGGGGUCUGUGUGCGGCCAAAGCUCAGUACCCUAUUGCAGACAUGGUGAAAAUGCUGAAGGAACAGGGCAAGACCGUCAGGUUUGGUAUCCAUCCAGUUGCUGGGCGUAUGCCCGGCCAGCUGAAUGUGCUCUUGGCUGAGGCUGGUGUUCCCUACGACAUUGUCCUGGAGAUGGAUGAGAUCAAUGAAGAUUUCCCAGAGACGGACCUGACACUGGUCAUCGGCGCCAACGACACAGUUAAUUCUGCAGCACAAGAAGAUCCCAACUCCAUAAUUGCUGGCAUGCCUGUCCUGGAGGUGUGGAAGUCCAAACAGGUGAUCGUGAUGAAGCGAACUUUGGGUGUUGGCUAUGCUGCAGUCGAUAACCCCAUUUUCUACAAGCCCAACACAUCGAUGUUGCUGGGAGAUGCCAAGAAGACGUGCGACAGUCUGCAGGCAAAGAUCAGAGAGGUGUAUUAUUAGUUUCCCCUCUUUAGUGCACAAUCAUGAAGCUCCUGUGUACACAGGCCUGAUGCUGUAAUUCUACAGACCUUUUAAUUAGAUUUGGAGACAAAUUAAAUCUGCAACACACAUGAAAUUGAAAUUCUGUAUCAAAGGUACUUUUUUGGAAUAGAAGGAUAAGUGAAAACUGUUCUGAUUUGUAAAUAAAAAAUAUUUAAUUAUUUGA